AUGCCCAUCAACCAACCCUCAAACCAAAUAAAAUUCACAAACGUCUCAGUCGUGCGCCUCAAAAAGGGCAAAAAGCGCUUCGAACUAGCCUGCUACAAGAACAAACUCCUAGAAUACCGCUCCGGCGCCGAAAAAGACCUCGACAAUGUCCUCCAAGUCCCCACGAUCUUCCUCUCCGUCUCAAAAGCGCAGACCGCCCCCGCCGCAGAAAUAACGAAGGCCUUUGGCGCCGGCACGCCCGCCGACGAAAUCAGAGAGGAAAUCCUGCGCAAGGGCGAGGUGCAAGUGGGCGAGCGUGAACGGAAGGAAAUCGCAGAGCGCAUCGAGAAGGAAGUGCUGGAUAUUGUUUCCGGACGGCUGAUUGAUCCGACGACGAAGCGGGUCUACACACCGGGGAUGAUUUCCAAGGCGCUGGAUCAGUUGACGGCGGCGAGUGGGCAGUUACAGCAGCAGCAGGCGGCACAGAAUGGAGAGGGUACAGAGGGCGAUGAGGAUGCAGGGGCACCGGCGCAGCCGAGGAAACCGUUGUGGACGGGCGUGAACCCGAAUAAGUCGGCGAAGAGUUUGGCGCUUGAGGCAAUGAAGGCGCUUAUCGCUUGGCAGCCCAUUCCGGUUAUGAGGGCGCGGAUGCGUCUUCGGGUUACUUGUCCUGUAUCACUGCUCAAGCAGAGCGUCAAGUCUGCGGCGCCCGCUGGGUCAAAUAACAAGGAGAAGGAGGCGCCGUCCGGUGGCGGCUCGAAGAACAAAAAGGGUGGGAAGGGGAAGAAGGGUGCUCGUCGUGGCGACGACUCUGAGUCUGAGGGGGAGGGUGCGCCGGUACAGCCGAAGGGACCGAGCAACGUCAAAGAUAAGAUCCUUAGCUUCAUUGAAUCCGUCGAGUCGCAGGAUAUUGCCAGCGAUGAAUGGGAGGUUGUCGGUUUUGCGGAACCUGGUGCGUUCAAGGGUCUAAAUGAGUUCGUUGGCAAUGAGACACGGGGCCGAGGACGAGUGGAGGUUUUGGAUAUGGCGGUUACUCAUGAGGACUAA